AUGUUCUGUUUGGUAUACAUCUAUUACUUGGUUGAUUCAUAUUUGCCGCUGAGGGUUGUGACUGGCCAGACUGUGCCGGCCAAUCAUGACAAUAUGAGAAAUGUACAAUGGAUGAUCCCACUGAUGCUGAUGGAUGAGCGCAUGCCGGUUACCAAUUACCAAAAUGAGUUGAAAAAGAAGCCACAUCUGGACUUAAAGGAUGGCAGAAUAAAGAGGAAAAGGCCAGACAACGGCUUGGAUGGACCAGCCCAGAAGAUCCGAAAAUGUGGGUCAAAGGCUGAUGAAGUACAGAACAAAGAGCCCAGACCAGGACCCAGCGGUAACUACUCUGCAGGCAAUGAUCCCAUCAACAAGUGGAGGUUUACCUAUGAGUCCUACAUCGGAAAGGGCGGCUUUGUACACGUUUUAAAAGUCAAGGAUAAAGUCUUAAAUAAGACUCUAGCGGUUAAAAUUGUGGAAGAAGGCUCCUCAUCAUCAGCAAGAACAAGGACUGAUAUAGAAAAAGAAGUUUUACAACUUGCUGCAGGUAGCCCUUUCUUAAUUCACUCUUAUUUGUCAUUUCCAAUUGAAAAAAAAUGGUACUUUUUUAUGGACUUUGCCUCUGGGGGAGAUCUACAUGGCCACCUGAAAAAGAAAGUAUGUCUCCCUACUGCCGAAGCCACAUUCUACGAAGCCGAAAUUACAUCUGGCCUGCAAUUUCUUCACGGCAAAGGCUUUAUUCACAGGGACAUUAAACCGGAAAACAUACUCAUAGACAGCGCUGGCCACUUACGCAUCACCGACUUUGGCCUUGCCCUAAAACAGACAGAGGGUGUCAGAGGAUAUACCGGAACCCGUGGAUAUGUAGCCCCGGAGGUUAAAGCAGGAAAAAUAUACAACACUGCAGCAGAUUGGUACUCCUUUGGGGUCGUGCUUUUUCAGUUAACAACAGGAAGAGAAUGCUUCAAGUGUACAAUCUCUGCACUGCCAAAAUAUCAACUUGACAGCAGUGUUGAAGCCAUUUUAAAGGAGCUGCUGAAUGAAGAUCCAAAAGAAAGACUGGGAUAUCAGGGCUGCAUACGAUCGCACCCCUUUUUUUUUAGAGAUAUUGACUGGGCAAAACUGGAAGAACUGAAAUGACCACCACCGUUCAUACCAGGAAAACCAUCAAUGCCCAGCUAAACAUCGACAUUCUAUGCCUGCCGACAGGGAAAAUAACAGGUCGGCACGAGGCCAUUAUCUUGGAGGCUGCAAGGCACUUACUUGACUGUCCAAGGGCUGGGAGAAGUGGAUCAUCUCUCUGGAAGCUCCUGUGGAUGAGGAUGACAAUACCGCUACUGACAGAGACAUGAAAGACAAAUAGCUCACUGAGAAAAAGAAGAUGAUGCUCUGCAAGGCAAUACAGUUAUCGGUGUGCUGGACAUCCAAGGAUUUGACAAUUUUACA